AUGUAUCCAGCAGUUCAAAGCAGCGACCAGCCUUUCGCCAGGUUUCCUGCAAGGCGGAGUGCUGUACACAGCACGAAGGGUAUGGUAGCCUGCACGCAGCCUCUCGCUGCACAAGCAGGACAAAAGAUCCUCGCGCAGGGAGGCAAUGCAGCAGAUGCCGCCAUCGCUGUUGCUGCUGCUCUGAACAUGACCGAGCCGGCUUCAACUGGGCUCGGUGGUGAUGCCUUCUGUUUGUUCUACAACGAGAAAUCUAGGACGGUACAUGCUCUGAAUGCCUCAGGACGAAGUGCGAAGAACACUACGCUCGCACAGGUCAGACGAGAGCUGGGCGGCCAGUCUAAGGGCAAAAUUCCUUUUGGCAGCCCACUUGCAGUUACGGUUCCGGGAGCCGCUGCUGGCUGGGUGGACGCAGUCGAACUGUUUGGGAGCGGAAAGUUAACCUUGGGUGAAAUCCUUCAGCCGGCAAUUGAGUUGGGAGAGGAAGGAUUCCCUGUCAGUGAGAUCUCGGCGUCUAUGUGGAAGAAUGGGGAGACUAAGCUUAAGGCAGCAUCGCCAAAUGGUCUAGAAAUGCUAAAGCCUGAUGGGAGAUCACCUCGAUCCGGAGAGAUUUUUCGCAACCCACAUUUAGCAAAGACACUUCGAGUGUUAGCUGCGGAGGGUAAGAAGGGUAUUUAUUGCGGCCGUAUCGCCGACGCUAUCGUCGACGUGCUACAGCAAAAGGGUUCCCAUAUGGAGCUGUCUGAUCUGGAAGACUACGCCAAAGAAGGAUCCCGGGAAACACAGCCAGUAUCUUUACAAUUCAAAGGUCAAGGUGUAACAUCUCGGGCCGGGGGCGAGGACUUUAUCGAGCUUUGGGAGCACCCUCCCAAUGGGCAAGGCAUUGUAGCACUCAUGGCUUUGGGUUUUCUCGAGGAGCUCGAGAAGACGCAUCAGGCUCCUACAUUCAACAAGGGAGACCACAAUACCGCUGUGUAUCUACAUACGCUUGUCGAAUGCUUCCGCAUUGCUUUCGCCGAUGCAAACUGGUGGGUCACAGAUCCCGAUUGUACCCCAGUCUCACCUCAGCAGCUAGUCUCGCGCCCAUACCUUGCUGAGCGGGCAAGAUUAUUCAAGAAGGACACAGCAGUCAACCACGCUAAGGGGCAGCCGUUUGACGGCGUGAGCCCAGCACAGAAUCGCAGCGAUACUGUUGUCUUCGGGGUAAUUGACGCAGAAGGAAAUGCGAUGAGUGUCGUCAAUUCGAACUUCAUGGAGUUCGGGUCCGGCAUAGUUCCGAAAGACUGUGGGUUCGCGUUGCAAAACCGUGGUGCUGGCUUUCACUUGGGGCCGGACAAUCAUCCCAACGUUUAUCAGGGUGGAAAGCGGCCGUACCACACGAUAAUCCCGUGCCUGGCCACACAGGGACCCAAACGCGACCUGCACUCCGUCUUUGGCGUGAUGGGCGGACUCAUGCAGCCACAAGGCCAGGUGCAGGUUCUGUUGAACAUGGAAGUUUUUGGCAUGACUCCUCAGGAGGCGGUUGAUGCGCCAAGGUUCUGUAUCGAGAACCCUAUGCCUCCUAAUUUGGGCGGUACUGGUGCUGUGUAUCUGGAGGAAGGUAUUGAUGAGGCUGUGGCUGAGGAAUUGAGAGCGAUGGGUCACGACGUGCAGUUACUAAAGGGUUGGUCACGGAACAGAUUUGGUAGGGGCCAGGCGAUACGGCAACGGAUCGAUGAGGAAGGUCGGAGGAUAUUGACUGGCGGUAGUGAUGGCCGAGGGGAUGGCAUAGCCUUGCCGUGCUAAUUGGAGUCACUUAACCUGAUCAAGCCCCGACUAUACUUGGACACAUGCUUUCUCCAUCGUCUAAGAACAAGAACAGGAGAUUCACAACA